CGCGCGGCUGCAUCGCCACUGGCGCGAGCCUUCCGUGCGACGUCACGUGUCUCGCUCAGCUACAUCACUUUCACUUUCUUUUUUCAGGAAGAGACACCGUUUGAAGCCUGGAGCUGAGAGAAGACUGACUCCGUCACACAUCGCAGCGUCUGAGAGGAAGAAGUCCGUGGAAAUGUCAGGAGACACAGAGGAGCCCAUGGAGGUGUGUUUUGAGCAGCCUCCAGCAUCUCAGGGCAUUUGUGCUGAGAACAAAGACGAAACUCAAGUCACCCUCUCAGUGUCAGUGAGGUGGUCUGAGGGCGAUCAACCGCAGAAAUGCAAAGUGGAACUGGAGAAAGUUCUUCAGACCUGGGCCAACAAAAGCAAAGGUCGGCCAGACUGUAAAGUGUUGAGUGUCUCAGAGGAAGGGAGAGCUGUGAUAAGGAUUAAACCCGCUCCAGCCGUGAACGAGCUUCAAGAGCUGAGUGGGCAAACACUGACCAGGAAAGAUGGGAAAACAGUCACAAUAACGUCUGUUAGUCUGACACCGCUGGAGACACAAAUACUUGAGGGAGCUGCAGUGACCCCUCCUCAUUCGUUUCUGUUAGAGCCACAGCAGGAGAAAGUGCAACCACUGGAACAAAGUUUCAGCAGUUCAGCAGCAGUUUCUACAGCAGGAGAGGAGACGUGUUCUUGUCCAGUACCAGUGGGCCAUUUCUGGUACGUGAACCACAUCUACAAGGAGGAAAUUAAACGUAUUGAGAAAGAUAAUGGAGUUAAAAUCAUGGCGGAAGUCAAUGUGACGUUUCAGUCGGACCAGAAAGAUGGAGGCCCACAAAAAGCUCUGUCUGAGUUUAUUAGCCUUGUUCAGAAGUGCUUGGGUGAAUCUGAUGGCUCAGUUUUUGCUCUCAAGUACCUGGAUCCAGAAGAGUUGAAGGACACACUGAAAAUCAUCCGAAGACCUGAGACUAAGGUUUUACUUACUCUGUCCUCUGACGAAAUGACUGUUUGUGGGCCACAGCAAAGUCAAGAUGCUAUCAGCAAGUCCUUUAAAGCAGCACAGAAAACCUUAACAAAUGCCUACACAUCUGCUGGAGAGGCUGCAUGGGCGUCUCCAGACGAGUCACCGAACAUUGGCAUGAUCAUUGAAGACCCUCUCGUCGAUGUUGGACUAACCUUGGAAGUUGAUGACUGGAGGCUGAUAACUACUUCCUUCGGUGAGCAACUAGCUAAGAUCAAAGCUAAGUUCGGUGUGGAUUUUAAAGAAACGGGCAUCAGCCCAGACAGAGUGGAAAUCAAAGCUCACUAUAAAAGAUCUGGAGGAAACUCGUCGAUGGAGAGCCACGCUGUCAGAGCUCUUCUUCAUCUGUACCAGAAGAUUGCCACAUCGCCCAUGAGCUUCACCCAACGCCAUGGUGCCAUGAGGUUCAGUAGCUUGAAGAACUUGAGCAACGUUUAUCAGUCAGAGGGGGCCAGUGCACCUGUGUUGAACGGCCAAUCAUUAUACAGCACGUACAACACUGAAGCACCCACAGGAGGAGGAGCAGCAGGAGACAGUAAUGAGGAAUGCUGUCCUAUAUGCAUGGACAGUUUUACCAAUAAGAAACAACUCAAGUGUAAACAUGAAUUUUGUGAGGAAUGCCUGGAAAAUGCCAAGAAAAGUUUGGGACCCAUCUGUCCUGUAUGCAAAGAUGUCUUUGGUAUGAUAGAGGGAAACCAGCCUGAUGGAAGAAUGUCACAUUAUACAGUUUCCUCAUCCCUACCUGGAUUCCCAACCUGCGGCACUAUAAUGAUCAACUAUGAUAUUCCAGGUGGAAAACAGAUGGAACAGCAUCCAAAUCCUGGAAGGCACUACUCUGGCAUUAAAAGGACAGCAUAUCUGCCAGACAGCAAAGAGGGUAAUGAAGUGCUGCAGCUGCUGAAGAGAGCGUUUGACCAGAAGCUCAUUUUCACUGUUGGGACAUCCAGAACGACUGGGAUGGAGAACCAGGUGACUUGGAAUGACAUUCAUCACAAGACCUCCCCUACAGGAGGACCAGAGAGUUUUGGGUAUCCUGACCCUGGCUACCUGAGGAGAGUCAGAGAGGAGCUGAAGGCUAAAGGCAUCGAGUGAAGACGUUGAUGGCUGAGGAGAGUUGUUAUUUGAAUAAGCACCUACUGCAAUGCAGAGACGAUUAUAUUGUAUGCUGCCUGUCUUCUUCUCUGGUAAUUGUUCAUAUAUUCACUAAGGGUUGCUUUGAGGGUCAUGAGACAGCAUUUACAGCCUUUCUGUGAUGAAGGAUGUCAUGAAUUUGUUGUUGAUUGCUAAAGUUUGGUUAAAUUAUAUAUUAUAUAUAUUAUUAUAACACAUAAAUGUAACUUACAGGACACAUAUGCUUUACUGGUCGCCUAAUAAAUCAUGAAUCCAUCCCA